AGCCACGCCCACUAAUAAUAUGGCAGUGGUGAACUUUACCCGGACUGUUUAUAUUUUUUUGUUGUUGGGGGAGUGGACUCAUGUCAAAUCAUCAGUUUCCUGAGUUGAUCGCGGAUCUGCAGGACUGGAUCAUGGGGAGCGCACUGAUCAAAUGUGCCAUCACGGACCUGAGCAUCCAGUGGGCCGGGUGGGCCAUGGCUGCAGCUCUUAAAACCGAGAAGUUUUACGAUUUGGCAGGAUCUGGAACAUUUAUACUGCUUGCUCACCUGAGUCGUAUUUGGGGAGGAGCCAGUCAUGUCCGGCAGAAUGUGCAGACUGGGUUGGUAACAACAUGGGGGUUGAGGCUGGGGACAUUCCUCUUCAUGCGGAUCUUGAAGGACGGCCAUGAUCGCAGGUUCAACAAUGUCAGAGACAGCCCAGGGACUUUCUUUGUGUAUUGGACUAUUCAAGCCGUGUGGGUAUUUAUGACCCUCCUGCCCACCCUCAUGCUCAACACUGAGAGGCGAGAUGUGCCUCUGGGAACGAGGGACUACAUUGGCUGGGGUAUGUGGGGCCUUGGCUUUGCAACCGAGGCUAUUGCUGACCAGCAGAAAUGGCUUUUCAAGCGUGACCCAGAUAAUGCUGGGAAGUUCAUCCAGAGUGGACUGUGGGCCUACAGCAGACACCCUAAUUAUUUCGGUGAGAUCCUGCAGUGGUCAGGCCUCUGGCUGUCAGCCUCGUCGGUGAUGCAGGGUUCCCAGUACCUGAGCGUGGCGUCACCUCUGUUUGUCUGGUUUCUGCUGCGCUAUGUCAGUGGUGUCCCCAUCCUGGAGAAGCAGGCCAUGAAGAAGUGGGGAUCUGACCCGGCCUUCCAGGACUACAUCAAGAACACUCCUCUGCUCUGGCCAUGGCCGAGAUUUUGAUGUUAUGUUUGUUAUAAUGAACAUUUUUCUCAUUUUGGUACCAAUAAAUGCCACAAAGAAAACUUCA